AUGGACAUCAACUGCACGCUGAUUGAGUGCAAGGACGCCAAGAACUCCUCUUGCACGCUCUUCCAUUUUCUGAUCCUGGACGCCCCGUCGUCGAGCAACCUCCCCACGUACGUCAAGGCACUUCAACGGCGUCAGGUACGUCACCUCGUGCGGGUCUGCGGACCGACGUACGACGCCUCUCUGGUGGAGAAGAGCGGCAUUGAGGUUCACAGCUGGCCCUUUGACGACGGUGCGCCGCCGCCAAAGUCUGUGCUGGACAAGUGGUUUGGCCUUCUGGACAAGGAGAAGCAGCUGCUGCUCUCUGGUGUCUCAACGCAGCCUGCGGCAAUCGCCAUUCAUUGCGUGGCUGGCCUUGGCCGCGCCCCUAUACUUGUGGCUCUGGCGCUUGUGGAGUGUGGCGGUAUGGAGCCGCUCGACGCGGUUGAACUCGUCCGCGGGAAGCGGCGGGGCGCCAUCAACCAAACACAGAUGCAGUGGAUUAUGAGGUACAAGCGACGCCGUGAAGGACAUGGUGGCUGCACCGUCAUGUAG